GGGGGCGGGGCCGUGGCGUGCGGAGAGACUGAGCUCUACCACGUAUUGAUUUUGGGACCUGCUGUGGAUUUGACGUUCUUGGCACAUCUCACUCAGGCUCGGGGCUGCUUUUGAAAAGUGGGCUUAAAUGCUGCUACCUCUGGUCUCCUAGAGCGCUUAUUCUACUCAGAGGAGGCAGACAAUAAGCUUAAAAGGGACCACCUCCUCCUUGGCUUAAACACGUAGAGCAGGGCCAUGUUUUCUGAGCAGGCUGCCCAGAGGGCCCACACUCUGCUGUCCCCGCCAUCAGCCAGCAAUGCCACUUUUGCCCGGGUGCCUGUGGUGACUUACACCAACUCCUCGCAGCCCUUCCGGCUGGGAGAGCGCAGCUUUAGCCGCCAGUAUGCCCACAUUUAUGCCACCCGUCUCAUCCAGAUGAGGCCCUUCCUGGUGAGCCGGGCGCAGCAGUCCUGGGGCAGUGGAGUCCUAGUGAAGAAGCUGUGUGAACUGCAGCCUGGGGAGAAGUGCUGUGUGGUGGGGACCCUCUUCAAGGCCAUGCCACUCCAGCCCUCCAUCCUACGGGAGGUCAGCGAAGAGCACAACCUGCUCCCCCAGCCUCCUCGGAGCAAAUAUAUCCACCCAGAUGAUGAACUGAUCUUGGAAGAUGAAUUGCAGCGUAUCAAACUAGAGGGCACCAUCGACGUGUCAAAGCUGGUCACAGGAACGGUCCUGGCUGUGCUGGGCUCUGUGGGAGAUGAUGGAAAGUUCCUGGUGGAGGACCACUGCUUUGCAGGGCUUGCCCCUCAGAAGCCUACACACCCCCUCGACACGGACAGGUUUGUGCUGCUGGUGUCUGGUCUGGGCCUGGGUGGAGGCGGGGGCGAGAGCCUGCUGGGCACCCAGCUGCUGGUGGACGUGGUGACGGGGCAGCUUGGGGAUGAAGGGGAGCAGUGCAGUGCCGCCCACGUCUCCCGGGUCAUCCUUGCCGGGAACCUUCUCAGCCACAACACACAGAGCAGAGACUCCAUCAACAAGGCCAAGUACUUGACCAAGAAGACCCAGGCCGCCAGCGUGGAGGCCGUCAAGAUGCUGGACGAAAUCCUCCUGCAGCUGAGCGCCUCCGUGCCCGUGGAUGUGAUGCCAGGCGAAUUUGACCCAACAAACUACACGCUCCCCCAGCAGCCCCUGCACCCUUGCAUGUUCCCUCUGGCCACUGCCUACUCCACGCUCCAGCUGGUCACCAACCCCUACCAGGCCACCAUCGAUGGAGUCAGAUUCCUGGGGACGUCAGGACAGAACGUGAGUGACAUCUUCCGAUACAGCAGCAUGGAGGACCACUUGGAGAUCCUGGAGUGGACGCUGCAAGUCCGGCACAUCAGCCCCACAGCCCCUGACACCCUAGGUUGCUACCCUUUCUAUAAAAACGACCCAUUUAUCUUUCUGGAGUGCCCUCACGUCUACUUUUGUGGCAAUACCCCCAGCUUUGGCUCCAAAAUCAUCCAAGGCCCUGAAGACCAGACAGUGUUGUUGGUGGCUGUCCCAGACUUCAGCACCACCCAGACCGCCUGUCUCGUGAACCUGCGCAGCCUGGCCUGCCAGCCCAUCAGCUUCUCAGGCUUUGGGGCAGAGGACGAGGACCUGGGAGGCCUGGGUCUGGGUCCCUGACUCACAAAGGCAGCCUUGUCCAGAGCAGCCCUGGCCAUUCUUUCCCUGUGGCGUCAGCACCAUGACAGCUUUGACUCUGUAAAUAAAGCCUAACUAUUUACUGGUG